CCUAUGUCUUACGGAUUGGAUUUACCGAAUUGAAAAUGAUCGUCAUUAUGUGUCUGUGUAAAAACCAUAAACCUCUCGUUUUCUUUUCUUCCAUUCGAGUCUUCACAAUUCGAGUUGGUCAAUUACAAGUGUAGAUGAACGUCUAGGCAAGCCUUCGUGCGACUUUGAUCCCAAUCCUUGAACUCCCAACCCUGGAAAUCCUGACGAAGACGGUGACUGACAAGGCAGUUCCGAAAGCAAUUGAAGCCAAGGCGAGGAACUAGCCACAAGAGUGUUCAAGAGUUCUGAAAAGUGAUCCAGGAAGAAAAAGAAAAGGGAAAAUCACUCCGUUAGCUCUAGAGAGACUUAGUGCGGAUCUGGCGAUCUUUUGAAACACAACCCGCCCAAACGGACAUGUUCACAAGUUCUUCUUCAUGCAUAACUGGUGUGAAAUUGUGCAACUAACAUGGAGGUGAAAUAUCUUCCCCCUCAACGGUUGGCCGUCUCGCCUUCACCUUUGGCGAAUCAACCAGGUCCUUCUUCAUUGUCAAAUCCAAAGGCUCCAAAGGCCUCGUCCACAGGGGUUGGGGGUGCUACCCGCAAGCAUGGUACCUGCUCCGCCCAAAGAGCCCACACUUUCAGGGUGGCCAGUCCAACCAAGUCUAACUCGUUCGAACAUUCCCCCAGGGUGGCCAAAAAGCGUUCUGAAAAAACAUCCCAUGUCACCUCAGAGACCAGGUCAUCAUCACCCCAUCCACUAAAUGGUCGUCAAUCUCUCACUCACAAAUCUUCGGCUCCUCAAUUGGAAAGCCAUAAGUUUUUGAAGACCAUCAAAGCCCCCAGUGUUGACCAGGGGGGCAAGACCAUGGGUACCAAAGCCGGGGGUGCAGUGCCAACUUUGAGUGAAGUAUUAGUGCGACUGAUCAUUAUUGGUGCGAAGCAAGUGGGUAAAUCUGCACUAACAGUUCGAUACUUGACCAAGAGGUUCAUAGGAGAGUACCGGAGUCAUGCUGACCUCUGUUACCGUCAACAGGUUCCACUGGAGGGCCAAUUGGUUGAGGUAGAGAUCAUCGAUGUCUCUGAUCAACCCAAUGCACCUUGGAACCUGCCCAUUAAUCGGAUCCGCUCGAGUGAUGCUGCCAUUGUGGUUUAUUCAAUAACGGAUAGGAAUUCCUUUCACAUUGCCAGAGAGGCACUGGAUGUCUUGGCCACUUUGACACCUCCAGUCGAGAUCCCGGUUCUUCUCAUGGCCAACAAAAUUGAUCUCAAUCACCUCCGGAAGGUGAGCAUUUCAGAAGGACGCGAGCUCUCGAGACAAUACAACACAGCAUUCCACGAGGUCUCGGUGGCCGAUGAUCCGGUUGACACCAUCACUGUUAUGAAUCGGGUGAUUAGGGAGCUUUGGAUCGCCAAGAUGGAGGCCCAUCGGAAUCUCUUUUUGCUUAGCCCACCAUUUAUGCAUAUGUUCCAAUCCCGUCUCGCUGUCCCACCCAAUUCAGUAUCCUCUGAUCAGAGAUGUCCCCGUUCCAAAAGCAGUGACUCCAGUCCAACCAAUUCCCCGCCCAGAAAAACCACAACAGCAACUUGUUCUACCCAAGAGCACGCAGCCCCGUGCCCCACCCCUUCAACGACAGAAGUUGAGAGGGAUCGUUCUCGGAAGCAUACCGUUUUCAGCAUGGGGCGUGUCUUCUCGCACCUCAUGGGGCGUGGCUCCCUUCCUCCGGAUCUACCCAGCAGCUCCUCUGGCUCGACAGUUACCGUCAAAGAACGUGGAAUGAGUACUGAUCGAUUGUCACUCAAAAAAGUAUUUAAAAAACGAUCCGUCUGAAACCAUUUCAAUGCUAUUGGUAUGUAGAGAAAAUAACCCUUUUGAUCGUGUUAAUUCAUACUCCAAUAUAUUGUUUAUUCGGCA